UAAUCCAAAGCAACAUACUCUAGCUAGUAAAAUCAAGAAAAUUGAGUGAGACACUAGCUCGUGUUCAUCCUCGUAAUUCUCAAAUCGCCCAACCAUGAGCAACAGGGCAGCCACUGGCCUGGACACCGCGAUAGUCGAUGUGUGGAAACGAGAGGUCGGCCAACUCUCUACCAGAAACUUCGCCCUCCGUCUCUCCGCCCCCGAGGACCUUGUAACGCGCUUUGAGAUAUUUCGGAAGCUAAAAAAGCACAGAGGUUGUGUCAAUACAAUCAGCUUCAAUCAUGAUGGUGACGUCCUUGUAUCAGGCUCUGAUGAUACCAGGAUUAUACUUUGGGACUGGCAAACUGGGAAUGUUAAACUCUCAUUCCAUUCCGGACAUCAUAAUAAUGUCUUUCAGGCCAAGUUCAUGCCAUACACUGAUGAUCAAUGUAUCGUUACCUCUGCUGCUGAUGGACGGAUAAGAUGCACUCAUAUUCUACCACAUGGGGAAGUGGAGACAAAAUUGCUUGCAAGACAUUCAGGACCAACUCAUAAGUUGGCAAUUGAACCAGGAAGUCCUCACAUUUUCUACAGCUGCGGCGGAGAUGGACUUGUUCAACGUAUUGAUCUGAGAACAGGAGCUGCCGUAAUACUCUUUACAUGUGAAGCUCUCAACUACAGAAGUUUUAAUUCUGUUGUUUAUCUGAAUGCAAUUGCAAUAGAUCCCAGAAACUCAAACCUUUUUGCGGUUGCUGGGUCAGAUGAAUAUGCUAGGCUUUUUGAUCUCCGCAACUUUAAGUUUGGCAGUUCAGAUAUUUUUGGUCAACCUGUUGACUUCUUUUGUCCUUCCCAUUUAGUUGGAGAUCAUGGUGUGGGCAUAACUGACUUGGCUUUUUCAGACCAGAGUGAGCUUCUCGUUUCCUAUGCUGAUGAGUGCAUCUAUCUUUUCUCAAAAAGUAUGGGUCUUGGACCUGACCUGCCUCUCAUUUCCACACCGUCCAAUCAAAGUGAUGCUAGUGUAGAGGAUGAGCCGCAAGCCUACAAGGGACAUCAAAACUCUGAAACCGUGAAGGGUGUUGGUUUCUUUGGACCUAAAUGUGAAUAUGUUGUGAGUGGGUCAGACUGUGGUCGGAUUUUCAUAUGGAAGAAAAAGGGCGGGAAGCUUGUCAAUGUUAUGGAAGGAGACAGACAUGUUGUCAAUUGCAUUGAAUCUCAUCCUCACACCGCUGUUCUUGCCAGCAGUGGUAUGGAGUCUGACAUUAAAUUAUGGACACCUAAAGCAACUGAGAAGAGGGAAUUACCUAUAAAUAUCCACAAGUUCUAUGGCUCUGGGAGUUCUGAUGAUAAUGAUGAGAGUGAUGAUGAAUACUUCUAUGAUGAUGAGAGUGGUGAUGGGAGCGAAGAUGGUUAUGAAAUGGUGGAAGGGUUCAUUGCUGAUCAAGUGGAUGAAGAUGAUAACAUUAGUGUUGAAGAGGAUUCAAAUGAUGAUGAUAUGGUUAGUGAUGAAAUGGAUGGCGGGGAAGAGGAGGAUGAAGAAGAAGAUUUUUUUGAUGAUACUGCUGAUGAUUCCAACAACGAUGACAUCGGAGGUAGUGAGGAUGAUGAUGAGGUGGAAGAAGGUUCUAAUGAAGAUUAUAGCGUGAGUGUUGCAGAGGAUCAAAACGAUGAUGAUGGUGGUGCUGGUAUGGUUAGUGAUGAAGUGGUUGGCGCGGUAGAUGAGGACAAAGAACAUCUCUUAAAUGAUGUUGCUUAUGAUUUUGGCAACUAUGCAAUCGAUGGUAGUGAGGACUUGGGUGAUGAAGUAGAUAGAAUAUGAUGAAGUAGAUAUGUUUAGUGAUCAUUAGCACGAAGAUAUAGUGUUGUUACGGAAGAGCCUAUGCAAUAGAUGAUGGGGGUAGCAGAGGAAGAAGAUUUAUUUUAUAUGUAAUUACAGGUGAUGCUUAUGGGACUUGUAAGAUUAGACCAUGGUGAUAACGAUGAUGAUGAGCUGAUGACGAUGACGAUGAUGAACAUGUGUAUGCAUGCUGCAUGAUUAAUCAACGAUUGCUGAUUUUAAUAGAAGAGACGACAAAGAUGGAUGUUGUGUGUUUCUGGCAAAAGAAAUGAGGCUUUUCUUUCCACCACGCACACCAACAUGUUGCUUUCUUUUCUUACUUUGGCACCAGAUCAUCUUCCCAUUUUAGCUGAAGAGGACUGAGGUGCCAUAUAGGCAUAUAUGGUGCAACAAAUCCAACAAUACCUGUACAUAUGCCCCCCCCCAAAAAAAUAAAAAUAAAAAUAAAAAUAAAAAAAUAAAAUAAAAAACUAUGUUUACCGUCAAUUGGACCCGGACCACCCUUGCAAGACAAACCCAUGAAAAGCACACAUUUAGCUGUUGUAGACGUUUGACCACGAGUCACUUGACAUUAUUGUCUGUCAUGUAUGAGACUUUUUGUGGAAAUUUUAUUUCCUCAGUAUUUGACCUUUUUUGUUUAUAUUACUACGUACGUAGUACUCCGUGUCUCCGUGUAUUAUUAUACUUCUUCCCAAAUCAACAAUUGUAUGAGCCGCCAGCUCUUAU